AUGGUCGAAUUCGGCAUCGGCCCCAAUGAAACAAGUUCACGCAAUUUGACAGUCUAUCACCCCAGCUCUCGUGCGAUCCGAGAGAAGAGAACCGCGCUAGAAGAGGAGAUUGAGAAAAUCGACACAUCGGCUCACCAGCUCUCUGGGGUACUCGUUACCCAUAAACAGAAUCGGGGUUUCCUUGACAAUAUCAAAGAUUUUGACCCAAGAUUCGAGAGAGUCUGGGCGGCAUCCGGGCUCAGGACAAGACAGGGUGCAAAUGGACACCGUAUCAACUGCGAUUGGGGCUUGGUCGAGGUACCGGAUGAUGGAUUGUCGAGCAACGUCACUCCCAGGGGGCAUGUACUCCAGGGAUCGCCCCUACCUGACAAGUUCGACAACUUAAGGCUGUGCCUUUCGGGACAACGCUCCGGGUACUCCGAGGGCGACUACUCCCUCAAAGAGGCUCAUGUCAAGCACGAAAUGAUUGAUGGAAUUAAAACUUCUGUUCCGACGGUGGAACAUACCGUGAUAGCCAGCGGCACCGAUUUACGUCUUUUUGCACGUCCUGGAGACUCCGGUUCCUUGGUUUAUACCAAAAGAGAUCAUGUGGUAGUCGGCUUGCCUUUUGCGGGUCGGGAGGAAACACUGACUGCCAACUUCACCCACAUUGAGGAUCUUAUUGCGGACAUCAAAGAGAUAACCGGGGCCACUUGGGUUCGGUUGCGAUAA